AUGGUACUGGCUACAGCACCAACAAUAGAACUAUCAACUACACAACCUGGUUCAGCUGUGGUCCAGACCAGGAUGGUCUUCAAUUCCUCCUCUCCUGUUCCCAGUGAGAGUUUGGUCCUCAACACAACCCAGACUCUUCUCAGUGCUCGACUCACAAGCCUCACUGACUCUGUAAAAGUGCUGAACUUCAGCUAUGAGAAAAUUUCAGACACCUCCUAUGCAGUCAUCUUCACAUUUAGCAUCAGUAACAUCAGCAUGUCUAAGAACCCUCACCUCAGAAACGACACCUACACCCAAGUGGAGAACAUCAUCAAUAAUGCUCUAAACACACUUCUAAAUGACGCUGCUGCAGAACCAUUCAAACCCCAGAGCUCGUUCUUCACGAAUUCAGGAAACCAGGUUAAUGGUGAUAUGGAGUACUACUUCCAAGAUGGAGACACCAAAACACCAGCAGCCUUCCUGAAUGAGCUUACACCUGUGAUUUUAUUGGGGAAUGUCCUGAUAUGUAUUCGUCUAGUUUUUAAGAACUUGACCAGAAUACCUAGUGAGGCUGAUGUUCUCAAUGCUGCUAAUGCUCUGCUGGACUCAAAGACCAGAAGAGCACGAUCACUUGUAAUACAAACACUGAGUGAUCCUGUGAGCAUUCAGAAUGUCAUCUAUGAAAAAAUUGGCAACAGCUCCUACAUUAUAAGCUUUGCAUUUCAAAUCAGCAAUGUGACCAUCUCCAAGGACCUUCAGCUUAGGAACGGAACAUAUGAUUUAAUACAAAACACCAUCAAUAGUCUGCUGAACACUAUUCUGAAUGUGAAAGAUGCUCCUGCGUUUGUCUUUCCACAAGCAAACUACACGUUUAAUGGUACAUCAAUUGUGGCUAAUUCUGAAUACAUCUUUGUGGAAGGUGACACCAAGUGGACACCAAGUGGAUUUCUUUCUGCAAUACUGAACAUUAGUGGAUUGUCGACCUUCACCACUCCUGCUGUGGUUCAGACCAGGAUGCUCUUCAAUUCCUCCUGUCCUGUUCCCAGUGAGAGUUUGGUCCUCAGAGCAAUUCAGACUCUUCACAGUGCUCGACUCACAAACCUCUCUGACUCUGUAAAUGGGCUGAACUUCACCUAUGAGAAAAUUUCAGACACCUCCUAUGCAGUCAGCUUCACAUUUAGCAUGAGUAACAUCAGCAUGUCUAAGAACCCUGACGUCAGGAACGACACCUACACCCAAGUGGAGAAUAUCAUCAAUAACGCUCUAAACACACUUCUAAAUGACGCUGCUGCAGAACCAUUCAAACCCCAGAGCACUUUCUUCACGUAA